AUGGACCAUGCGUUGCACACCUCCCCCCAUGCCGCUCAACCGGAACCAGCUUCGACGGUUACUCAGCAAGCUCCCCUUCUCAAUCCUGCCUCCAACCUCCAACCUAAGAUCGAUCCCCCGACGAAAGAUGAUGAACCGCCGUUGCGCUUGGUUGCCGGGAAGAAGAGGGCGGCCACGGCUACGUCCAGAGGUGUCGCCAAUCUUACCCCUGAGCAGUUGGCCAAGAAGCGCGCCAACGACAGAGAGGCCCAGAGAGCCAUUCGGAAACGGACAAAGGCACAGAUAGAUGCGCUUCAGCAGCGGGUUCAAGAAUUGACCUCCCAGCAGCCCUAUCAGGACCUGCAGGAGGCACAGCGCCAGAAGGAAAUGAUACAGGCAGAAAAUGAGGAAAUUCGCAGGCGUUUGGGGUCUGUCAUGGCUAUACUUCACCCUAUCCUGAGCCCCACGAAUUUAGCCACCAACAAUGGCCUGCCCGUUGAUACAAGCGGAACUUCAAAUGAGUCGAGCCGGCCCUCGGAUCGCCUGGGGGUGUGGGCAUCGCAGCUAGAUUCGGUCGUGCAUUCCCCUGCCCCUCAGUCGGACACCUCGUCACAACGGCGAGCCUCGGUUUCACACACACAAGAGCAUUGCCUCAGAACUCCUGCGAGUCUCGAGUCGUUACCUAGUGGUACAACCUAUACCGGGUCGCCACGCAGGGGCCAGAGCCCAUCUCCCUCACUCUCGGGGCCAAUGCAGGGACUCAGGCCGAACUGGCCACCGACCACUGCAGCUGCAGCUGCAGCUACAAAUUUCACUGAGCAGGCACUACCAAAAUGCAACGCAUUUGAUUUUCAAAAGCGUAAUCUUGUUCAUGGGCUCGAAUUUUCCGGCUCAGGUGAGAGGUUGGGCUUGAACUUUCUCAUUGAUUCUUCUCGACAGGGCUCAAAGGUCCACGAAUUGCGCCCCAGCGCUCCAUCCCCAUCCCAUGAGGGGCAGCUGCGCUAUCAGCAUCAGGUGCAGGUAACCUCAACGAAUAUUUUCGAUACUACUAUGCCACCAUUUGUCAUCCCUAUCCGAAAUGCAGAGCCAACGUGUCCGCUCGAUUGUAUACUUCUCAAUUUCCUUCGCAGCCGUCAAAGAGAAGCCGCUGAAGGUGUAUCCAAAGGUCACCUCGUGGGACCCCCUUAUCCAAGUGUCUCGUCACUAUUGAAUCCAGAGAAAAGCGACAAUUCCCACCCGCUUUCCAAGGUCUUCACCGAUAUAAUUAGCAAGUUCCCUGACAUAAGGGACCUCCCGGAGAAAGUUGCCGUGGUCUAUGUUAUGUUCCUACUUAUGCGCUGGCAAAUUUAUCCGACGCGAGAAAACUAUGACCGUCUUCCGGAAUGGAUUACUCCGCGAGUCUCCCAGCUUGUCACCCCUCAUCCACCUUGGAUGGAUUAUCUGCCAUGGCCACGCAUGCGAGAUCGCAUGAUUGCAUGCCAUACGGACUACGAUUUUAGUAACUGGUUCAUCCCUUAUACGACAACUUUGAGUAUAAACUGGCCUUACUCUGAUUCCGACGCACUAAUAGCGAUCCCAAACUCGGAAGAAUAUGUGAUCAAUCCGGUCUUUGAAAGUCACCUGCGGAAUCUGAACAACUGGUCCCUUGGGCCAGCAUUUGCAAAACAUUACCCUGAUCUAGUUGAUACAUGUCGGAUAAAAACUGAUCCUUGGGACACCUCCACAAACGGAGCUUGACUUUCUUACUUUAAUCGUCUUUCUUUAGUAUCCUUUUCUUUUGUUUUUCUGGCAUAUAUUAGCGCACACAUGGGCGUCGUCCCCAAAUCUUCGGCUUGGGUUCCAGGGUUCACGGCUUUUUGGCGUUUUUGUUCUCUGCGGGAAAGGCCAGAGGACACAUGGUUUCUUGUCUUUGAUAUGAUCUUUGGUUUCAAAAAGAUUUUUCUACCUCUUAGCAUAAGUGCCCAGUUUCUAGAUAUAGCCAAGUCAUUGCGGUUCUUGUUGUC